AUGUUGUCGGAUGAAACAAUUUCAAACAUAAAACUAUGCCGUAGUAACCGCCAAGAACCAAAUACUGUGCCGUUUAUUGUUUCUCAAAAUCAAACACAAUUCACAGAACCACAGAGAAAUAAAAUCGAUCGUACACCAUCAUCACGAUCCUCAAAAUCAGCAAAUGAUGCUAAAAAACGUGCAGUUAGCGAUGCCUGUAUGGCAGCGGCUAUCGGAGAUUUAGAUUGGCUAAGACAAAGUUUAAAAGAUUUUUCCGUAGAAAAUACCUACGGAAAAGAGGGACUGGCUCCCAUUCAUUUAGCAGCACUACAUGGGCGUCUCAAUUGUCUUUCAUAUCUUAUUGAAAUGGCUCAAGUUGAUGUAAAUAUGGCAAGUAUGACAGGAUGGCGACCAAUUCAUUUAUGUAUCAGCAAAGAAACAGAUAAAAGAGCGUAUCAAUGUUUAGAAUAUUUAAUUAAACAUGGAGCAUCAGUGAAUAUUACAAAUGAUGAUAACCUAACUCCUAUUCAUCAAGCAGCCUCCGAUGGCCAUGUUCAAUGUUUAGAAUUAUUAUUAAAAUAUAAUGCGAACGUUUUCGUAGAAGAUUCUCGAAAACAAUUGCCAAUUGAUUUAGCGAAGUUAUGGGGACAAAAAAAAUGUGCGAAAUUACUAGCUGCAACAAUGUGGCAUCAGAAUAAACAUUUAUCGACUAAAGAUCGCUUAUUAGCCAAACAAUCAAAAAUGCAAGAUAUUCUAAAUGAAAUUAGACUCGAACACGCUCUACUUUUUGAAGAAGAAGGAGAGGAAAAAUUCGAUCAAUUGCUUGUCAAUAUGGGUGCUGCACCAUCGGAAAAAAUCGACAAUAAAACACAACAAAUUAUUGAAAUAAAAGAAAAACCACUUACACCAGAUAUCCGAUCGGCCACUAAACGAGAGCAUUCAGAAAUAAAAUUAUCUAGGCCAAAAACUACAAAUAAUAUUGUCGAUCAUGAACAUUUAUUAAAUCAGCACGAGUCUAAUUUUCGUCCAAAGACUACCAUAGGAAAAAAGACAGCUUUAAUCAGUGCCAUCAAUACAAAACGAUGGGAUUAUUCGACUCAUGUUAAAGGAAAUGCUUAUAUACCAGGAUUAACCGAUGUUUAUCCAAGAGAUCCUUAUACAAUGAUGCCGAAAGAUAAUGAAGCUGUAGAUAUCUACAGAAUGUUGAAAGGUAUGACAGUAAGCGAUGUACGCGAAUUUUUAUCAAAAAAAAUACGUAAAACAAAGUCAUUACCUUCAAAGACCCGUUCAUCCCGUCCAGUUCUCUUUGCGCCUUGUCAUGUUGAUGAUUUGGAAACAAAACGUUCAACAUUGAAUGAUGAAACAAAAUAUUUUCGAUUUGAUGAAAGUGGAUGUCAUUUGAGCGAUGAUUCAGAAUCCAUAUAUUAUAGACGUUUAAGUCAAACAUUAAAACAACAAGUGCCAAAAGAAAAUCAAACAAAUGAUGAUGAAGAAAAAUUUCAAUUAUUUGAACGAUAUGGGCCAGAAUUAGUCGCGUUUCUCAGAGAUCGAAAAGGAAAUUUUAAACGAAAAUUUGAUAAAGUUUUUAUUACGUGA